AUGAUCGCUAGAGAAAUCCUGACUUUUUUGACUACCAACACUAUUGAGCGAUACCAUCAUAGCUCUUUAACUCCUCAAGACGAAUACAUUGAAUGUGAAACUCAGAGCUGGUACCAAGAGGUGUCAAAGCUAAAGGCAAAGUAUGAUUCUCUUCAAAGGACCCAGAGGCAUUUGCUUGGGGAAGAUCUUGGACCAUUGAACAUAAAGGAGCUGCAGAAUCUUAAGAAACAGCUUGAAAGGGCUUUAGCACAAGCAAGGCAAAGGAAGGGUCAAGCAUACUCAUUACCUGCAGAUAUACAGUAUCUUGAUGCUAGAUGGGAAGUUCCUGUUGUGCUUCCUCUGCGUGAUUGUUUUGCCCAAGAGAUCAACAUGCUAUGCCGCCUUGAUGGGUUUGUAGUCCUCUAG